AUGUCCACCCCAUCGCUGAACCUUCUCCCGGCCGAGACCCUCAUCAGCAUCGCGGGGCAUCUCAAUGGCGUUCCUGGGCCGGAUUUGUCCUCCUUUUCCCUUACCAACAGAGCCUUCCACGCUGCCGCCGCUUGCUUCUUGUUCCGCGACAUCCACAUCCUCGUCAAGCAUCCUCGGAGGCUACAGCGCGAUGUCGACGUGUGGCUCGCAAUUCUGGAACGCACAAACUCCGCCAGGCAUGUCCGACGCCUUAGAAUGACCUUUGUGGACAAGACGCUCCCCCACAGCGAUCUUUACUCGCCUGAUCGCCACAUUAUGCUGCCGGUAGCAAGUAAGAACGCGUUCUGCGGCAAGCACAAGUCACCUGAGAGCCGACGUCUCCGCGAUGCCUUUGUCGAUCCUGAAUCGUGGACUCCCAUGAUCAGGUUGCUCGAAGCCCUACCCGGACUGACCAACUUGGUCAUUGAACAUGAAAGCAGCUUUUCACCUCUGCUUCUCGAAACUCUUCGCACGCAUCACCCAAGUUGCCGGUUAGAACUCAAAAGUUUCGAUCUUCACUGCGUCGAAGGCGCUGCUAUCGAUGCGCAUGACGUUGCUCUUCUGCUUUCGCCCCAAUUGCAAGGCAUCUCGAUCAAGGAGUACUUUCAGAUAUCCACCGGACAUGCAAACGAAUCGGUCGUGCUACGGCUCAUCCAGGGCCUCUCGCCGAGCCUCAAGACGGUAGAACUGGAACCGGUCUUCGGAGGCAGGCACAAGCGGAGAUAUGAUGCAGAUUUCGAGAGCGAAUUGCAAAACUUGAUACUGCAAAUAGUCAACGACAGCCCCGUAUCUGGAAAGAAUCUUUCAAAGAUUUCCAAGUCACCAGAACUCGGUUCAUUGCGUUCUCUGACUCUACAAAAAAACAACCCAGACAGGCUGAAGGCAUGGUUUGAAGCGACGGAUUUCACGGCACUGCGUCACUUGAGGUUGAACGCGGGUUCUAGAGAUUUGCUCUGGCUGACAACCCAUGCCAGAUUCCACCACCUCGAAAAUUUGGAGUUGAAUUACGGCGAAUAUCGCAUUGGACCCCCUGGCAAUCAAGAGGACGUGGGGAUUCCCGGAGACGUCGCUGUUGAGUUUCUAGCCAUCCUGCCAGCCUUGACAGCCCUCUCACUCGAGGGCCAAAUAACUUCACCAGCCGUUCAGUUUGCGCUGUCCAAGUUUGGGGGCUCGCUACGCAAACUUAGCAUUCGCCCUUCCUACGGCUUUUUUUCCAUGCAGAAAUACCCCAAGAUCACGUCACAGGACUUGAACCUGCUCUCUAAGGCAUGCUCCUUGGUGGCGGAUCUGACCAUUACGAUUGCUGUGCCUACAUUCCAGACGAGCUCACCAGAGAUGGUGGAGGCAUGCGAGUCUCUCGGACGGAUGCGAAGCCUCCGAAGUCUUCACCUAACACUCCGCCACUCCACCAUCGAAGUCACGUCUGGACCAGGCGGGUGUAGAAGAGCUCGUGCGUAUCAGAGAAAAUGCGAAACAACAAUAGGCGCAGAUAUAAUGGGGGUAACACCUGCGGAAAUUGCCAAGUCAGUUUGGGAGACGAUUUGUGGACGGGGCUGCCGCUUGGAGCUACUACAGCUAGACACGAUACAUCACUACAGCGGGACACGCAAGUCUGACCGGGUCCAUCAGAUCCGCAGAGUCGGAGCCAUGGGCGAGGGUGUGGUAGAGGAUACCCUGAUCCGAGAGAACGGGAAACUGCAUUGGCGGGAAUGA